CGGACCUAGAGUGUUCGUUCUAUUCACCGGACCGGUGUGGUCAGCGUGUAUCUUUGCGAUUUAAUCAACGUGACGUUGGCAAGAAUCAGUGCGUCCAAGGAAGACAGGAUCAGAAUGUGGCGUGAUCCUCCAGGAGGGGGGUGUAAUAUACCCCACUAUCUAACUACGAUGUUGCUGUUGGCUCUUUUGGCAUUGACGAACGUGGCUUGCGCUGAGGAUGAAUCCAUGGGACCGGUAUUUCUCAAGGAACCACCAAACCGAAUUGACUUCUCGAACGGAACCGGAGCUGUCGUCGAAUGCCAGGCCAGAGGAAACCCCCAACCGGAUAUCAUUUGGGUUCGUGCUGACGGAAGCGCUGUAGGAGAUGUUCCCGGACUCAGACAGGUUUUACCGAAUGGAAACUUGGUCUUCCCUCCUUUCCGCGCCGAGGAUUAUCGUCAAGAGGUUCAUGCUCAGGUAUACAGCUGUCUGGCGCGUUCCCCAGCAGGUUCAGUUCACAGCCGAGAUGUUAACGUGAGAGCCGUCGUGACUCAGUACUACGAAGCGGAGGUCGUGUCCGAAUACGUGAUACGCGGAAACGCAGCCAUCUUGAAGUGCACCAUACCCAGCUUCGUCGCGGAAUUCGUGUCGGUCGACUCCUGGGUGGGAAGCGACGGUUCGACCUUCAAGCCGACCAACGACUACGAUGGAAAAUACCUGGUACUGCCUUCCGGAGAGCUUCACAUUCGCGAUGUUGGACCCGAAGACGGAUACAAGACCUACCAAUGCCGCACCAAGCAUAGACUCACCGGAGAAACAAGACUGUCUGCCACCAAGGGACGCCUCGUCAUUACCGAACCGGUAUCGAGCUCGAAACCCAAAUUAACCGCCCUGGACGUGAAAUCGACGAACCCCAGCGCGAUGCUGGGCUCUAUCACCACCCUACUCUGUCCCGUUCAAGGAUUCCCCGUGCCAGCAUUCAGGUAA